AUGAUACGUGAUCCUAACCGCCGCAGCACGCCGCGGCCCUCGUUGCAAGACCCGGAUGGCGUGCUCCCGCCGCCCGCGACCGGCGAUGCGGCGGCUGCCCCUGCACCGGCCUCCAAGGAGCAAAUGAGCAAAAAGCCCGUUGCGUGGAAGGACAUGCCGCAGAAGCGGCAGCUCGCCAUUUUGACGCUGUCGCGCUUGAGCGAGCCGCUGGUGCAGACGUCGUUGCAAGCCUACAUGUUUUACCAGCUCAAAUGGUUUGACCCCGAGCUGCCCGAUUCCACCAUUGCCACGCAGGCCGGCAUCAUGCACGCCAGCUUCAUGGCCGCCCAGUUCGUCACGGCCCUGCUCUGGGGCCGCGUCGCCGACUCGCGCCGCGCCGGGCGCAAAACCGUUCUCCUCAUCGGCCUCGUCGGCACCAGCCUGUCCUGUCUGGGCUUUGGCUUUUCCACCACUUUCUGGCAAGCCCUCGUCUAUCGCACGCUCGGCGGCGCUACAAAUGGCAACAUUGGCGUCAUGAGGACAAUGUAA